CGGAAAUGCGCCCUGUACUCUUGGGUGAUCAUGUGACUCUCUCCAUUUCGCCAUUUUCUUCCUCUCCGCCGGCGAUCAAGCUCCUGUCGGAUUCGUGACCACCUCUCGCGCUCCCAUCCUGACCUGUCAGCCUCGAACUGAGCUUCUCUAGAGCCCAAACCUCCCCGGCUGAAGUCUUCCUCCCUCUCUGUCUCUAGUUGUAGGUGUCUGAACGCGCAAGAAGCAUGUCCGCCCAGAGCCCCCAGUACGCUCCCUUCUUCGCAGUGAUGGGUGCCUCGGCAGCAAUGGUGUUCAGCGCAUUGGGUGCUGCAUAUGGGACGGCCAAGAGUGGCACAGGCAUUGCUGCCAUGUCGGUGAUGCGGCCGGAGCUGAUCAUGAAGUCCAUCAUUCCCGUGGUCAUGGCGGGUAUCAUCGCCAUCUACGGCCUGGUGGUGGCUGUACUUAUUGCCAACAACAUGUCUGCCGAUAUCUCGCUCUUCAAGAGUUUCUUGCACCUUGGUGCGGGGUUGAGCGUGGGUCUGAGUGGUCUUGCAGCUGGCUUCGCCAUCGGUAUCGUGGGUGAUGCAGGAGUGAGGGGCACAGCCCAGCAGCCUCGCCUGUUUGUGGGGAUGAUCCUAAUCCUCAUUUUCGCUGAGGUUCUGGGGCUCUACGGGCUUAUUGUUGCUCUCAUCCUGUCCACCAAGGGUUAAUCGCUCUUAUCAUCUCUUACACAUGAACAACCAUCAACCACACACACACACAAGCACCAACACAAACAUCCUCCAAAUGAUACACAUUGAGUAACUUCACCACCCGAAACGAUGAGAGGGGAUUUUUUGCGUGCAUGCGUGUAUCGUGAGUGUGCUGUUUGCAGGUGAAUGUGUGAUUGAACUUCCUCUCUGUGUAUAGUAGCCUGAUGUGCGUUCCCCUGUAAAUGCGCUGUGUAGCUAUUGCUCUCGUCCUGUGUGUGUGUGUGUGUGUGUUUAAAUAGAUGCCCUCUUUCUUUUUCUUUGCUACACUUGUCAUUCUUCUUUUAUUUUGUCAAUUUUAUUCUCAUUUGAAGAACAAAUCAACCAUCAUUUUGUUUUCUUUCUUUUGGGACCAUUCAGAUUGAAAUGCUGAUGUUGAGGGCCUAAAUGUAAAAAAAGAUGGAUUAUUCUUCUUUUUUUCUGUUUUUGCUGAUUAUUUAUGAAGAUUGAGAUGUUCAUUAAUCUGUUAAAUGGAUCAAAGUCUUUAUUAAAAAUUAUGAUUAUCUAAGUACAUUACAUGAGCGUGUUUGUAUCAGAAAUAUAUACAUAUAUAUCUGUAUAGGUAGGUGAAUUGCACUGUGGGAAAUUUAGUGAAGUUACUUUGGGUAUGUAAUCAUUGAUUACCAUGGAGACCGUUGUCUUAAUCAAGGUAUUGAUGUGCAAGUUUACUAAGUGUGUGUGAAACGAAUCGAUGCACGUGUGUCUGUGAGCGAGUCUGUGUUUUAACUCAUUACGUGACAUUCUUCAGGCGUGUAGCGUUUUACCUGUAGUUGAUACUGUUUCUGGUUCCAUUCAUGGGUGAACACCAGCGCAGCUUGUCCAGUUUCCGAAUAAAACUUCCUCACCCUAA